AUGGCAUCAUGGGCGUAUAUCACUCAAAUGUAUACACUUUAUGUAUUUAUUCCAUUCUGGUGUAUAGGUUUUUUUGGUAGUUUAAUGAGUACAAUUACACUUUCGACUUCGCGUAUGUAUCGUACUCAGCCAUGCACAUUCUUUCUACUUAUAUCAGCGAUUACACAAUCUGUGCAGUACUUGGCUGCAGGAAUAUCUCGUGCUUCUGCUAUUGGCUUUGGUUUAGAUUUAACUCUUCUCUCACCUGCAUGGUGCAAAAUAAGGGCAUAUCUUAUUGACACUUGUUUUGGUUUGUCAACGACAUGCGAAUGUAUGGCAACGAUUGAUCGCUUUCUGAUGACCUCACGAGCUGCUAAUCUACGACAAUUGAGCAAGAUCAAACGGGCUCAUUAUAUUAGUGCUGGUGUAAUUAUUUUCUGGACACUUACAUGUGUACCGGAUCUCAUUUUCACUUAUAUAAGUUCGAACGUUUGUGCCAAUUACAAUGUCAUUUGGGGAACUUACUAUACUUAUGUUAAUCAUUGGUUUUUCUGUACAGCAGUUCCGCUGGUUAUUGUCCUUAUAUUUGGUACACUUGCAUAUCGAAAUAUGCACACUUUAACAAAUGCACGUCAACCACAAGGAGCUGAUCGCCAACUUACUUAUAUGAUUUUAGGACAAAUAAUAUUAAUUUUGAUUACUAUUAUGCCCCGUGCUUUUUUCGAUGCAUACUCAUCAGCAUCACUUACUCUGAACAAAUCGGCGGAACAAGAAAAUAUUGAAUAUUUCAUCUUUAAUAUUGUCAAUUCUUUAGGUAAUAUCACAUAUAGAAGUGGUUUCUAUGUAUUUCUCAUUGUCUCAAAAACGUUUCGCCAACAAGUCAAACACUGUUUUUGUUAUUUUGGCAAAAAAACAAACAUCGUGAUGCCUGCAAAUGCGAACGUGACUCCUGGGGGAGCAACCACUAAAUAA